AACGAAAAAUCGAUAUGGCUUGAUUCGACACUUAAACCAGCGGAGAAAAUAACGCUAGCGUUGCGUUUAGAUCUGAGAAACGCUGCUACCAACAAAACCACCACCAUUCCCCUUUCUCCUUCUUUCUCACACAAAAACAAAGAAACAGAAGAAGAACGAUUCGAUUUGAAUAGCCAUAGCCACCGCUCACCUCACCUCAAAUGACACACGCUACGACGUCGUUUCAACAACCCUCAACCAAGUGUAAGAGGAGGAUCUGAGCGAUGACCAUGACUCGUUUUUGGUGACUGCGGCGGUUACCGUGGGGAGCAAGAACGGGGUGGAUCGGAAAAUGGACCGGAACAAGAGCCGUACCGAUCUGCUCGCUGCUGGCAAGAAAAAGCUCCAACAAUUUCGUCAGAAGAAGGACAAUAAAGGUGGUAGUAGCCAUGCAAAAUCAUCAAAAAAAGCUGGCAAGCCUCAGCUACCUGACUCUGAUUCUGAUGCUGCAAGUAGUGCCUCAAUUUCAACGGUAACAUCUCAAAUUACUGAUGGAAAUGUUGAAGCUGACAGUCACUCCAAUAUGGUUAAUACGGAAUCAUCAGAGUCACAGUCUGUGGCAAACUCAUUAGCUCACAACAAUAUUGAUCCAUCUGUUGAUUCUUCAUCCGUGGUCACUACAUAUGAUACAGGCAAUGAAACUGUAUUGGAUUCUAAUGCCGAGGUAGCACAUCAAGUUCAUGGUGUCCGUGAGAAUGAUUCUGAGUUAUCUGCCCAAGAUCAAGGGGAAAUCGCUCAAGACAUUGGUGCUGAUGUGCUAGAGGGUGUGUCUUUGAGAACUUCAGAUAGCCAGGUUUCUGAAGGUGGAGCAACAAAUGAUCAUGCAUCUGUACCUGUUGCCGUUUUGCCCUCACUUGCUUCUGUUACAACUGCAGUGGGGGAGAGUGUUACAGAUGAAAGAAAGUGUCAAAAGAGGGAAGAGUUGUUGCUUUUAUCUGAGGAUAUACCCAAUACAUCUGUGAUGCAAACAAGCGAAGAUCAGGUAACAGAUUUAGGGUCAAUGCAGGAAGCUGAUGGUUUGGACAUGAAGAAAUCUUAUCAAAGCACUGAUGCUGUGAUUGAUGGUCAAAAGCAGCUUCCUUUGUCUGAGGUUGGUGAGAGUGACCAGUAUCUUUCAGGAAUUGCUUUGGACAAGACUAGAGUUGAGGAGGCAUCUCAUGAAGCUGAGCAACUAGGCAAGUCAAUUGAAUUACUCUCCUCUCACGAGCUGCCAAGGGGAACUAAUGAGUUUGAUCCAGCCAGACCAUUGGAUGUCUCCUAUGUUUAUGAUGCAAACUCAAUUAAUCUCUUGCAGCUGGGUGAAAUUAUAAAGGGGCUUAAUGAAGAAGAGUGUCGGUUUCUGCUCGAGGCAAGAGGAGCAGUCUCUGAUUUGAAUCCUUUAGCCAGUAGUUCAGUUCUAUCAGACAAUGACAUUUCAGAAGCAUUUCAGAGUCUCAAAGAAGAAUUGUUCAUUGCAAACUUAAUGAAAAAUAUAUUUAACACUCAACUAGCUGAACAACUGGAGUUUGAUGAUCAGCGUCGCCAGUUGGUUGAUGAAAUAUCUCAGCUCCGUGCUUCUCAUAAUCAAGUUAAUGAGAAGAAUCAACAACUUACUGAAGAACUUGCUAAUUGCCGUGUUGAACUACAUGAUAUUUCUAGCAAGAAUGUAGAACUACAAAAUCAAUUUAAUGCUGCCAUGGCUGAGGUGGAAGCUCUUUCUGCCAGAGUGGUUGAUCUGCAGAAUAGUUUUGACGUGUCCCAAAAAGAUUCAUUGGAAUUGUCCACAGAGUUGGCUGACUGCAGAGACUUGAUCUCAAGUUUACAGGUGGAAAAGAAGGACAUGAAUGAAACACUUGAUUUGACGAUUGCUGAGAAAAAUGAACUUGUGGAGGAGAAGGAAUUUCAUCUAUGUGAAAGUAAGAAUCUGGCAACUGAAUUAGCUGACUUCAAGAGAUUGAUGGAAGGAGUAAAAGUUGAGAAUUCCAACUUAAUUGACAGGAUCUCUUUGGUGACUGAAGAGAGGAAUAAGAUUGAAGCAGAAAUUGAGCAUCUCAGACAUGAGAUCGAUAGGCUGUCAUUAGAUUUGGUUGAAAAUAAAGAUUUUGUGGCAAGUCUACAGUCAGAAAAUUCCAACUUAAAUGGUAACCUUGCAUUGUCAGCUGAUAAGAUUAAAAAUCUCGAAGAUGAAAAUCAAAGACUCUCUUCUCAAAUCAUUGUCCUAAAUGAGCAAUUGUCUACAGAAAAGGGGGAACAAAUGAGGUUUGAAGGUGACCUUAAAGAAGCCGCAGAGCGCCUGGAACAAAUUUCCAAGGAAAAUGUGUUUCUCAAUGACACUUUGAAUAGGCACAAGGCCAAGAUAGAAGAAAUUGGAAAGGAGCGCAGCCAACUGGUAUCUCAAUCUAGGGACCUUGGAAAUCAAGUUCAUGUUGCACGUGAGCAUGAAAUUGCUAUUAUUGAAGAUUCUCUGUGUAUGGAUCAGGAUCCAGAUGAAGUCUUUGAUGAUUCUCAUGGGUUUGUUUCAUUGAAUGCUUCCUUGGAUGAGGUGGAGAAAGUUCUGGUGAAGCUUGAAAAGGCAAUCGAUGAGUUGCAUUCUCAAUCAGUAUCCUCCAGCAGGUCCGGUGAAAAAGUUUCUUCGCCUGUGGUAUCAAAAUUGAUACAGGCUUUUGAAUCAAAAGUACAAGAAGAUGAGCAUGAGACAGAAACAAGGGAUUCCAGUGAUGUUCAGUCAUCAUCAAACUCAUUUAUGUUAACCAAAAGGCAAAUUGGAGAUUUGAAAAAAUUGCUUUCGAAGUGGAAGCUGGAUGUUCAGAUUGCGGGUAAAUUAUUCAAGGGGGAGCGAGAUGAUCGGAAAACUGGUGAUGCGAAGUACAGUGAUCUCAAGGACCAGUUUGAACAAUUGAAGCAACAUUGCUCGGAUUUGGAAGCAUCCAACAUUGAACUUGCAGUUCAAUAUGAAACUGCAAAGCAACUUCUGGGUGAUAUUCAAGAAAAGAAAUGCCUGCUUGAGGAAUUCUAUGAUGCUUUAAAGCAAGAAGAUACCUGUCUCAAAGCUAAAAAUAAUGAAUUUUAUGAGAAGCUUGGCUACUGUCAGUCCAAAAUUAGUGAAUUGCAUACUGAAAUGAAUGAUGUGAAACAAAUUUCAAAUGAUAUGGCUUCUACUGUUGGCAGUCAACUGGAAAAUUUGCAGAAGGAGGUGACAGAGAGGGCAAUGCUACUUGAGCAUGGCUGGAAUAUGACUAUUGCCCCGAUUGUUGAGUUAGUUGGGAAGCUGAAAGAAUCAGUUGGUGGAACUUUGUGCACAACUGUUUCUUCUGAUGCUCAUGGCAACUCGGAUAUCAGUCAUCAGUUAGAAGUUUCAGUUAAUGCAGCUGCUGAAAUGAUUUUUGAUCUGCGGAAGAAACUUGAAGCUUCUUAUUCGGAACAUGAAAUAGUGUGCACAUCAUAUAAAGAAAUGAAUUCAAAAUGUGAUGAUCUGCUUGGGAGGAAUGAAUUGGCUCUUAGUCUAUUGCAUAAGAUGUACAGUGACCUGAGGAAACUUGUGCAUGGUAAUGGUGGCACUAUGGAUGAAGAUAAGAUAGAUUUACAAAGUGAAGCGCUGCCUGAUCUUCUGAACUAUAAUAGCUAUCAGCCCAUCUUGAAACAUCUUGGGAAUAUAUUGGCCGAGAAGCUGGAACUUGAGUCUGUUACCAAGGAGAUUAAGUCAGAAUUGAUGCACAGGGAAACAGAAAUGGAAGAAUUGAAGAUGAAGUGCCUUGGUUUAGAUUCUGUUAGUAAGCUAAUAGAAGAUGUGGCGGGCAUGCUGAAUGCGGACAUUUCAAAGAUCGAUAUAAAUAAAUCACCCCUUUCUUGCUUAGAUUCAUUAGUCUCUAGUCUUGUACAGAAAACCAGAGAGGCUGAAAUCCAGUAUCACACAACUAAAGAAGGAUAUGGAUCUAAGGAGAUGGAAUUGGCUGAAUUGAAGGAAAAAAUGCAUUAUCUAGACACACUUUGUCUUGAGAAUGAAAAUGAAAUCCUUGUUCUGAAGGGAAGCUUACAUCAGGCUGAGGAAGCUCUUACUGUUGCUCGUUCUGAAUUGCACAAGAAAGCAAAUGAACUUGAGCAUUCAGAACAGCGGGUGUGCUCCAUUCGGGAGAAACUUAGCAUAGCUGUUGCCAAGGGGAAAGGGUUGGUUGUACAGCGAGAUGGCCUCAAGCAAUCCUUGGCAGAGACAUCCAGUGAAUUGGAGAGAUGCUUGCAAGAGUUACAGUUGAAAGAUACAAGGCUUCACGAGGUUGAAACGAAACUUAAGACAUAUGCAGAGGCUGGUGAACGUGUUGAAGCUCUGGAAUCUGAGCUUUCUUAUAUCCGUAAUUCAUCUAAUGCUUUGAGAGAGUCAUUUCUUCUUAAAGAUUCAAUGCUUCAGAGGAUAGAGGAAAUAUUGGAAGACCUAGAUCUGCCAGAGCAGUUUCAUUCCAGAGAUAUAAUUGAAAAGAUUGAUUGGUUGGCUAGUUCAGUUUCGGGAAACUCAUUGCCAAUGAAUGAUUGGGAACAGAAGGAAGCUGUGGGAGGAGGCUCAUACUCUGAUGCUGGUUAUGUUGUCACGGAUUCAUGGAAAGAUGAUAGUCAGCUACAACCAGAUUCAGAUGAUUUUAGAAAAAAAAUUGAGGAGUUGCAGAGUAAGUAUUAUGGGUUGGCUGAGCAAAAUGAAAUGCUGGAGCAAUCAUUGAUGGAAAGAAACAGCUUAGUUCAGAGAUGGGAAGAGCUUGUAAAUAGGGUUGAAAUGCCUUCACAUUUGCAGUCUAUGGAGACGGAGGAUAAGAUUGAAUGUAUAGGUAGUGCGCUUACUGAGGCUAAUCAUCAUAUAGAUUCAAUGCAGCUGAAGAUUGAAAAAUAUGAUAGCUAUUGUGGAUUGCUAAAUGCCGAUCUGCAAGAGUCUCAAAGGACAGUGUCUGCUCUUCAAGAAGACCUUAGUGCUCUUACAUCUGAAAGAGAGCACCUUUCUGAGAAAAUGGAGUCUUUGGUGUAUGAGUAUGAGAAACUAUCAUUGCAGACAAGGGAGGCUGAACUUGAGAAUGGAAAGCUGCAUGAUGAAAUAACUAGUUUGAAGGAUAAAUUGGAACACAAAACUGCAAUUGAAGAACAAAUUUUCACUAUUGAUUACAAGAUCAGAAAGUUGCGAGACUUAAUUGGUGAUGCCUUGUCGGAAUCUGAAACAGAAAAUAUGGUUUUCGGUAGUGCAAAUAUUGAUUCCUUGGAAGAAUUGCUGGGAAAGCUUGUAGAAAAGCUGAACAUGGAAAGGAAACUAUCAGCACAGACAAGAGAAGCUGAACUUGAGAAUCAAAAGUUGCAAACUGAAAUUUCUAGUUUGAAGGAUAAAUUGGAACAGAAAGCUGCAAUUGAAGAACAAAUUUUCACCAUUGAUGGUAAAAUCAGAAAAUUGCAAGACUUAGUUGGUGAUGCCUUGUCAGAAUCUGAAACAGAAAAUUUGGUUUCUUGUAGUGCAAAUAUUGAUUCCUUGGAAGAAUUGCUGAGAAAGCUUAUAGAAAAUCAUGCAAAGCUUUCAUCAAUGAAACCUGCAUAUGGGGUUGUAGGUGAUGGACUCCAUUCUCAAAAGGGUGAUGCUACAGUUCAUGAGGAAAGAAGUAUAGAUGUACAUGAUGAGGAGGCAGCAGAUAUUGAUAGAUAUAAAAGAGAUCUGGAGGAGUCUUUAAAUGAAUUGAUACAUGUGAAGGAGGAGAGAAAUAGAUCUUUGGAAAAGCAAAUAUCUUUAUCAGGUGAAGUUGAAGCUCUGACUAAAAGAAUUGAGGAAUUGCAAGGGCUUCUUAAUCAGGAGGAGCAGAAAUCAGCUUCUUUUAGUGAGAAAUUAUCAGGUGAAGUUGAAACUCUGACUAAAAGAAAUGAGGAAUUGCAAGGGCUUCUUACUCAGGAGGAGCAGAAAUCAGCUUCUGUUAGAGAGAAGUUAUCAGGUGAAGUUGAAACUCUGGCUAAAAGAAUUGAGGAAUUGCAAGGGCUUCUUAAUCAGGAGGAGCAGAAAUCAGCUUCUGUUAGGGAGAAGUUAAAUGUUGCAGUCAGGAAAGGGAAGUCAUUGGUGCAACAACGAGACAGUCUAAAGCAAACCAUUGAAGAGAUGACUGUUGAGAUGGAGCACUUGAAAUCUGAGAUAUACAACCGGGAAAACACUCUUGCAGAGCAUGAACAGAAGUUGAGACUGUUGUCAACCUACCCAGAUAGGUUAGAAGCUCUUGAAUCUGACAGUUUGCUUCUGAAGAAACAUUUGGAAGAAACUGAGCACCAUUUGCAGGAGCAUGAAUAUUCUCUGAAACUGAUUUUGAAUAAGUUAGAUGAAAUUGAGGUUGGUGGUGAAGGUCAUAUAAGUGAUCCAGUGAAGAAAUUGGAAUGGGUUGGGAAGUUAUGCUCUGAUCUACAUAGUGCUGUGGCAUCUUUAGAACAAGAAUCCAGGAAGUCUAAAAGAGCAUCAGAACUACUCUUGGCAGAGUUAAAUGAGGUUCAAGAAAGGAAUGAUAGUUUUCAGGAGGAGCUCGCAAAGGUGAAUGCUGAACUUGUGGAUCUCAGAAGAGAAAGGGAUUCAGCUGAGGCUGCCAAACUGGAAAUGUUUGCACAUCUUGAAAAAUUAUCAGCCUUGCAUGAGGAGGGGAAAAAGAGCCAUUUUUCUGACAUCAUGGAAUUAAAAUCUAGUUUGAACCAAGUCUGCAAAAGCUUUGAUGAGGUUCAGAAUUUACUGUCUAAUGCUUUUUUCUUGGAUUUGGAAUCUUAUCGGAAAGUUGAGGCUAGUCUCGAGUCAUGUAUGAAAGGAAACAAUGAUAAAAAUGUGGUGGAUUCAUCUGUCACCAAAGAACGUGAUGGCAUUUUACACUGGUCAUCUGCUAAUAAGAAGAGCUCUGUGUCUGCAGAUCCUUGGUCAGAUUUUGACAGAAUUGACCACUAUGAUGAUAAUACUAUUGUUGAAAUUUCUCGUCUAUUUGGGCAUCAACUGCAAGAGCUCAUGUUGGAGGUCAGUUCUCUUAAGGAAAGAAUAAACAUGCACUCAAGUUUGACACAGGAACAAGACAAAACUCUAUCUAAACUAAUGGCAAGUAUUCAAAGGGAAAUGACUUCCCAAAAAGAGUCGUGUGAAACCAUGAAGAAACAAGUAAGUGAGCGAGAUGGGGAACUUAUUGCAUUACGUGGGAACGUUGCCUGCCUUUAUGAUGCAUGCAUUAAUUUUGUCAUUGUACUUGAAAAUGAAAAAGCUGAACUGGUUGGAAGGAAGGUUGAAUCUGCAGAUCUAGGAAUUAACUUGGAAACACCUUCAUUUGAUGAUGGCAUAUCUGAGGAAUGCAUUAAAACCCUGACAGAUAGACUGCUGUUGGCUGCAAAAGGUUUUGCUAGUAUAAGAACUGAAUUUUUAGAUGCCAAUCUAAAGGAAAUGAAGGCUACUAUAACAAAUUUUCAGAGAGAGCUUCAGGAGAAGGAUGUUCAAAGAGAUAGGAUUUGCUCAGAACUGGUAAAACAGAUCAAGGAUGCUGAAGCUGCUGCAAACAGUUACUCUCAAGAUCUUCAAGCUUUUAGGCUUCAAGAACAUAAUCUAAAGAAAGAGGUGGAAGCAAUUGAGGCAGAAAGGAAGAUACUGGAAAAUAGAGUGAAUGAACUGCAGGAUAGACAAGAAACUGCAGCUGAAUUAGAGGAGAAAAAGAGAUCUCAAACUGAUUUACUGGCUGCCAAAGAUCAAGAAAUCGAAGCACUAAUGCAUGCACUUGAUGAGGAAGAAACGCAGAUGGAAGAGUUGACAAAUAAGAUUGUGGAUUUUGAAAUGGUUGUUCAACAAAAGAAUCAAGAGAUUGAGAACCUUGAAUCUUCUCGUGGUAAGGUUAUGAAAAAGCUUUCCAUAACUGUUAGCAAGUUUGAUGAGCUUCACCACCUGUCUGCAAGUCUCCUUUCUGAAGUUGAAAAGCUCCAAUCCCAGUUGCAAGAAAGAGAUACUGAAAUUUCUUUCUUGAGGCAAGAGGUUACUAGAUGCACUAAUGAUGUUCUUCUUGCAUCACAAAUGAGCAACCAGAGUUCUGAUGAGAUCUUUGAGUUCUUGAUGUGGGUUGACACAAUUGUGUCUCAUGAUGGGGUGCAUGAUAUAUAUCCUGAUAUGAAGAGCAACAGUAAGGUUCAUGAAUGCAAAGAAAUACUUCAUAAGAAGCUUACGUCUUUAUUGUCAGAAUUGGAGAAUCUAAGGGAAGUUGCAGAAAGCAAGGAUGCAAUGUUGCAAAUAGAAAGGAGCAAGGUAGAAGAACUGAGCCACAAAACAGUAACUCUUGAGACAUCCUUACAUGAGAAAGAAUUGCAAUUGAAUUUGCUUGAAGGUGUGGAAGACACUGGAAAGGGAGCUGGCACAAGCUCAGAAAUUGUGGAGGUAAAACCAGCGAUGAAUGAUUGGUCGCCAUCUGGUGCUUUUGUAACACCUCAAGUUCGCAGUUUGCGCAAAGGCAAUAGUGAUCAUGUUGCCAUUGCUGUAGAUGUAGACCCUGGUAGUACUAGUAGGAUAGAAGAUGAAGAGGACGACAAAGUCCAUGGUUUCAAAUCCCUCACAACAUCCACAAUUGUCCCAAGAUUUACUAGACCUUUGACUGACUUGAUUGAUGGCUUGUGGGUUUCUUGUGAUCGGACUCUAAUGAGACAACCCGUCUUACGGCUUGGAAUUAUAAUUUAUUGGGCCAUAAUGCACGCACUCCUUGCAUUUUUUGUUGUUUGAGGGUUGGAGGCACUGAUUUGGAUUUGUAUGAUUAAGCCGGCCACAGGAAUUGCUGUGCCACCUUUAUAGAUUGGGGUUACAUGAUUGACUCCACUGAUACUAGAAAAAGGACUCAGUUAAGCUGUACAGUAUCUUCCUUCUGCUUGGUUCUUGUUGCAGUGUGAGACAGUUCCCAGUAUAAUAAAAUUAAAGAUGCUGCAUUGCAGCUGCCAGAGUUACUGGCAGAGCAUUGAAGAAAAGAUGAGAAAGCAGACUGCUCAAUAUUUGAAGAGCAAUGGAUGAAGAGUCUCCGCAAACAUCAUUCCAGUUGGUGUUGUUUUUUUAAUAUAAAGAUAUGCCUUGAACAAGAUCAAUACUUAUCUGUUGGAGGGAUAGUUUGUCUUGAAAAUCUUGGGACAUUCUGGUGAGCUGGAUAAAUGACCAGUUAGGUAUAGAAAAACGUAAUUCUUUUGAACUUUGAUUAAGGGUUUUUUUUUUUUUUUAUCUGCUUAGCCAUUAGAAAUUUCAGUUGCCAUUCUUUGUAUUCUCACAUCAAUCAUAGCAUCGUUAUGAGUAUUUUUGGCAGUUUGUCAAGCAUUAAAAUCUAUACAUGUAAACUUGGACGAAAACCUAAAUUAAUAUCUAGCCGAUUGGUCUAUUCAAAAGUAGUGUUAUCUUGUUUCUUUCACAGACCAUCCGAAACUAUGUUGGACCUCUCGGAACUAGCUAAGAAAGUGAGUGAAAUUAUAGACUAGACUCUGCAUCAUAGCACAUGAAACUUCUUAGAAACAUACAUGCCACCAACACACUUGUAUAUUUACCUUUGUUGUUUAUUAGUAAUUUUCUUCUUUCAUACU